AUGGUCAGAAGAGCCAUUAUUAUUCUAACAGUUAUCUAUCUAUCUAUCUAUCUAUCUAUAGUUUCUGUUAAUAUCUAUCUAUCUAUCUAUCUAUCUAUCUAUUUCAAUCUGUUCAUAUCUAUUUAUCUAUUUCAGUCUGUUAAUAUCUAUCUAUCUAUCUAUCUAUCUAUCUAUCCAUCUGUCUAUAUAUUUCAACCUGUUCAUUAUCUAUCUAUCUAUCUAUCUAUCUAUCUAUCUAUCUAUCUAUCUAUCUAUCUAUCUUCAUGUUUCUAUCUAUAUGAAUUCUAUCUUUUUAUCUUUCACUCUCUUUCCCAUUUUGUUCAUUUCUAUCUAUCUAUCUAUCUAUCUAUCUGCUCAUAUCUACCUAUUUAUUUAUCUGCUUUUAUCUAUCUGUUCUUAUCUAUAUGUGCUUAUCUAUCUAUCUAUCUAUCUAUCUAUCUAUCUAUCUAUCUAUCUAUCUAUCUAUCUAUCUGCUCUGAUGUAUCUGUUCUUAUCUAUAUGUGCUUAUCUAUCUAUCUAUCUAUCUAUCUAUCUAUCUAUCUAUCUAUCUAUCUAUCUAUUUGUUUGUUUGUUGGGAUCUAUCUAUCCUUUGCAGUAAUGUUGAACUUAUUAUUUAUAUAUCCCUCUGUCCUUCUAUCUAUUAAUAUAGAUAUAAUCAUAUCUUCCUUCUUUUAUCUUUUUUCUUUCUUUUAUCUUCUUUGUGUCCUUCCUUUUUUAAUCUUCCUUCUUUUUCUUGCAUGUCAUUAUUCUUUCUUUUUUUCUUUCUUUCUAAUUUGCAUUGUUCAUUUUUCAAUCAUUUUUCUUUCAUCUCUUUCUUUCCAACUCAUCUUCUCUCUUUUCCUUUUCUUUCAUUUUUUCUUUCUUUUUUUCUUUCCAACUCAUCUUCACUCUUUUCUUUUUCAUUUUUUCUAUCUUUAUUUUUUCCAACUUAUCUUCUCUCUUCUUUCUUUCUUUCUUUCUUUCUUUCUUUCUUUCUUUCUUUCCAACUUAACUUCUCUCUUCUUUCUUUCUUUCUUUCUUUCUUUCUUUCUUUCUUUCUUUCUUUCUUUCUUUCUUUCUAACUUAACUUCUCUCUUCUUUCUUUCUUUCUUAUCUUCUCUCUUUUUUCUUUCAUUUCUUUCUUCCUUUCCAACUUAUCUUCUCUCUUCUUUCUUUCUUUCUUUCUUUCUUUCUUUCUUUCUUUCUUUCUUUCUUUCUUUCUUUCUUUCUUUCUUUCUUUCCAUCUUUUCUUUCUUUCUUUCUUUCUUUCUUUCUUUCUUUUUUCUUUCUUAUCUUCUCUCUUUUUCUUUCAUUUCUUUCUUCCUUUCCAACUUAUCUUCUCUCUUUUCUUUUCCCUUUUUUCUAUCUUUAUUUUUUCCAACUUAUCUUCUCUCUUCUUUCUUUCUUUCUUUCUUUCUUUCUUUCUUUCUAACUUAA